GUACUAUCAUUUUUUCAGGGUUUAUUCACUUUCUAUCAUCAGGGAUAUGAACUUGCUAAAGACUUCAAUCACUACAAAAUGGCGUUGCAGAUAAAUAUACAAAAUACACGAAAUCGUUUUGAAGGAACAAGGUCAGAGGUAGAGGAGCUCAUGAACAAGAUCAGAAGAAAUCCUCAGGAACAUAAAAGAGCAAAUCACUUCACAAUGGAAGGCUAUCUCUAUGUACAGGAAAAAAGGCCUGCUCCCUUUGGUUCCAGUUGGGUGAAGCACUAUUGCACGUAUAGGAAGGAGACAAAGAAGUUCACCAUGAUCCCGUUUGAACACAGAUCAGGAGGAAAAGUGGGUGACGAGGAACUCUUCGUCCUUACGUAUUGUACCAAAAGAAAUAUAGAUACUAUAGACAGGCGAUUCUGUUUUGACUUGGAAGCUUCAGACAGGCCUGGAGUUCCUGUGACCAUGCAGGCGUUUUCUGAGGAAGACAGGAAGCUGUGGAUGGAAGCCUUGGAUGGAAAAGAAGCUCUGUUCAUCAAUUUGAAUAGAGCAAAUGCAAAACGAGAGGGAAGUGCACAAUUGGAUAAGAUAGGGUUCACUGUCAUCAAAAAGUGCAUCAGUGCUGUUGAAACACGAGGUAUAAAUGACCAAGGACUGUACAGAGUUGUGGGGGUGAGUUCAAAGGUCCAGAGACUUCUGAGUUUGUUAAUGGAUGCAAAAACUUGCAAUGAAGUUGACCUGGAAAACUCUGUAGAUUGGGAAGUGAAGACAAUUACUAGUGCUAUGAAGCAGUAUCUGCGGAGCCUUCCAGAGCCACUGAUGACAUACGAGUUGCAUGGAGAAUUCAUUGUUCCUGCCAAAAGUGGGAGUCCUGAAUCUCGAGUUAAUGCUGUUCACUUCUUGGUCCAUAAACUCCCAGAAAAGAACAAAGAGAUGCUGGAAAUUUUGGUGAAACAUUUAGCAAAUGUUUCAAAGCAUGCCAAGAGGAAUCUAAUGACUGUGGCAAAUCUAGGGGUAGUAUUUGGACCAACCUUAAUGAGGCCACAGGAAGAAACUGUAGCAGCCAUCAUGGACCUGAAGUUUCAGAAUAUCGUCGUCGAAAUCCUGAUAGAAAAUCAUGAGAAGAUUUUCAAAACCCUGCCUGAUGCCACUUUCCCUGAGCCAAUCUCUAUGUCACUAUCUCCUCCAAAUGCCCCACCAAGGCAAUCAAGAAGACAAGGACAACGUAUUAAGAGGCCUCUGGCUGUUUACAAUCUCUGUCUUGAACUGGAUGAUGCUGACAGUCACAGCUGUCCCAGAGAAGACACCCCAACUGGGAGCAUGGAUUCUCUGUCUUCCCAGUCUCCGACACCUGCCUUCUCUAGUAGCCCCCCUGGGCUCUUGGAUGGAAAUCACCUUAUUAUGGACAGCGGAGAUCUUGCAGGCUGGACAACAAAUCU